UGGUUCAUUUCUUUAACGACGGUGUCAAGGACGAGAUUCUAAGGAGCCAAGUAUUUCCCAAAAAAAGUAUUUUUCAUCCUUAUAUAAAUAUGUUGGUGGUCGUUCAACCAUAUGGCUAAAACAAUCACUAUGGUAUCACCAACAUAUUCAAUUCUAUGCACAAAUCUUGAAGAAACACAGUGGAUUGUGCAAAUCAACGAGCUUUUCCAACGAAAUGAUUUUCAUACCGCUUUCGAAAGUCCAACCUCUAUCUUUCAAGUGCCCGAUUGUAUCAAAAAUGAUAUCCCAGAAGCCUUUACUCCUCGUCGUGUGGCCUUGGGACCUUAUCAUCAUUUUCAGCCGGAGCUUCUCAAGUUGGAGCUCUACAAGCUCGAUAAAGCAACGAAGGUGAAAGACCAAAUUCAACUUCCUGAGUUUCACCAACUUGUCAGUGAUAAAAUCAAGCCAUUGGAGCUCAAAAUCCGUGCAUGUUUCGACAAAUAUUUGGAAGUGGGAUGUGAGGCUUUGGCUUGGAUAAUGCUCAUAGAUGGCUUGUUCUUGAUUCACUUGCUUCAUAUCUUUGCUGAAGUGAAAGUAGAUUGUGAUUCUAAGCGCCAUGAGCUUCCUUUACCUGAACUCGACGCUGAACACCAGAAGAUGUAUCUCAACCCGAAAGCAAAUUCGGUGGCUCGAAAUGAGAUCGUGAGUGACACUCUAAUGUUGGAGAAUCAAAUCCCAUUUUGUGUCCUCAAAGAAAUUUUAGCAGGAACCCAAAUCGCCAAUGAUUUGCCACUCUUUUUAUACAAAUUCUGUGUCUUGGUUUCACCAUUUGCCUUACCUUCACAAAUUAGCCCCAGAACUUUUCUCGACCUGCCUCAAGCAUUCCAGCAAUCUCAUCAUUUGUUGCAUUUUUUGUACCUCUUAGUUUUGAAUGUGAAGAAAAGGAAAGUUAAAAUUCUCAGACGUUCCGGCCGGGUGGUCAUAUGCGUUGGCUUCAAUAUAUUACUGUCACUUCUGCAUUUGGAUGUAGUGGAAUUACUGAAGGAAUUCAAUGACUCCAUCCAAUCUUUGUUUGAAAUUUUCAAGACAUUGGUUCGGCCAUCUGCGUUCGAUGAUAGCUUUCCUAUGAUUCCCUCGGCCUCGAAAUUGAAGAAAGUUGGAGUGAAAUUUAAGCCAAAAUAUAGCCUUCGAGACAUUAUAUUUGACAAGAAAAAGACUUCUCUGAAGUUGCCCCCCGUCACCUUGGAUUCUACCUCCCAAGUAAUAUUGAGAAAUCUAGUAGCAUUUGAAGUCAUUGCCAAGUUCAAUCCACCAAUUUUUUCCCAAUAUGCAGCGAUGAUGAAUGGAUUAAUUUCAACUACCAAUGAUGUCAAGAUUCUCAAGCAAGCUAACAUCAUCAUCAAUAAUCUUGAGAGUGAUGAAGAAGUUGUGGAGCUCUUUGAUGGAUUUAAAAAGUUGGCUUCAAAGAGUGAAUUGGAGAUUGGGUCUAGUUCCAAAUCAGCUUACAUGGUAAAUCUGGUUGAAAUCAUUGAAGAAAUAAACAAAUAUUACGAGAGCAAAUUGAAGAUUAGGGUGAAAAAGUUUAUAAAGAAGUACGUGUCUCCUAUCGUCAAGAUCCUUUUGAUUUUUGUCGUCGUGUUGCUUAUAAUUUUUGUGAUUAUACGCACGUUGUGCGGAUUAUUAUUUAGUUGUCCUAGGAUUUUGAAAUCAUAAAAGUGUGUUUAAUGAGGAGUACUUGUUAAAAUUUGUUGUAUGUGCAUAGCUAGGAAGCGUUUUUCAUAAUAAAAGCUCUCUUGUUAUU